AUGAAAAAUGCUAAAUCUUGUGACACACCUGGAAGCAACGAUGCCAAGUCGACACAGGAAACUCCUCAGGAGAAGGAAUACCCCUAUAGAGAGGCAGUGGGGAGUCUACUGUAUCUAUCGACCAGAACGAGACCUGACAUCGCACAGGCUGUAAAUUUAGUUAGCAGAAAUGUUGAAAAUCCAACUAAACAAGAUGUCGUAAAGGUCAAGAGGAUAUUCAGAUAUCUAGUUGGAACUAAAGAGAAGGGCAUACUGUUUAAAAGAAAUAGCCCGUUAGAAAUUAUAAAUGCCUACUCGGACUCUGACUAUGCGGGAGAUCCGAAGACGAGACGAAGCACAUCUGGCUCAGUACUUAUGAUAGCAAAUGGACCUGUUUCAUGGGCAUCCAAGAGACAACCCAUAGUGUCCCUUUCAUCUACAGAAGCUGAAUUUAUUGCUGCAGCAGAAUGCUGUAAAGAAGCGUUAUACCUAAAAUCGUUCUUAAAGGAAAUAACAGAUAUAGAUGCAAAAGUCAAUCUGCAUGUUGACAAUCAAAGCUCAAUACAGCUAGUAAAAUCUGGCUCUUGCAACAAAAGAUCUAAGCAUAUAAACGUGCGAUACCAUUUCAUACAUGAACACUUUGUGCAAGGGCUGAUCAAUAUAAACUACUGCCCAACCGAAGUACAGCUAGCGGAUAUAAUGACAAAGCCUUUAGGUAAAGUGAAGUUCGCUGGACACUGCAAGACACUAAUGUGUGGAUAG